CUUUCCUCAAUUGCGCCAUAGCCUGCCAUCUUUAACAUAAAUUGAGAUUUGUCUUGACAUCUACCCACUCAACUAAUCUCUCGGGAGUAAAUAAGUGUCAAACACUUCAAAUAUCCUUCAUUUUGUAAGCACUUUUGUGACCUCAAAACACGACUGCGCCACAGAUAUUAUCUACGAAAUACCAAACUUCAAGAGCAUGACGGCAGCACUCGAUCCCGGCGAGCAACACACUCGCUUCGUCGAAUGGGCUGAAGAGAACGGAGUCACAAUAAACGGCAUUGCACCAGCCCGAUUUGUCGAUCGCGGAAUGGGCAUCGUCGCAGCAAAAGACUUGAAAAAAGGAGACCAGCUAGUCCACGUCCGCAACACUUCACUCGUCCACGUCGCCCUGCCCUCGAUCAAAAACUUGAAAUUACCCGACCACAUCACCGUCCAUGGAAAACUCGCCGCCUCUCUCGCAAUAUGGUACUCUGACCCCUCUCACAAAGAUUACCAACUCUGGCAAGACGUCUGGCCCACGCAGCAAGAUUUCCGCAGCACAAUGCCGCUCUACUACCCCAAAGCCGCACAAGACCUCCUCCCCCACGCAGCCCACCUCCUCCUAACAGCGCAGCAAUCCAAGCUAGAAAAAGACUGGCAAUCCAUACGAGCCCAUGUUUCUGCAGCCGGCGUGACCAGAGACCUAUACACAUACACCUGGCUGAUAGUCAACACGCGAACAUUCUACUGGUCCUACCCGGACCUACCCACGUCGUCGCCCAAACUACCCAAGAAAAGAUCCCGCCUAACAACCGACGACUGCUACGCCAUGUGCCCCUUCAUGGACUACUUCAACCACUCAGACGUGGGCUGCGACCCCCAGCACGACAGCAAAGGGUACAGCGUGCGCGCAGACCGCGCGUACAAAGCCGGCGAGGAAGUCUUCGUCUCGUACGGCCCGCACACAAACGACUUCCUCCUCGUCGAAUACGGAUUCAUCCUCGCGGACAAUACUAACGAUGCGAUCCCCCUCGACCACUUGCUACUCCCGCUGCUGGACCAGGACCAGGUCCGCGCCCUCAAGGAAGACGGGUUUUACGCAAAGUACACGCUUUUCCCAGCCAGUCCGACGGUUUGCCACCGCACGCAGGCUGUGCUCAGACUGCUUGUUCUGGACUCGAAGCGGUAUGCGGCGUUUGUGAGUGGGGAUGAUGACGGGAGUCGAGAGCAAGGGAAGCUGAACGGGUAUUUGAGCGGCGUUUUGAUGAAGUACUCGAGGCAGAUCAUGGAGAUCUUGGAGGACGUGGAGCGCCUUGAGGGUGUGGAAGGAGAUGGGGAAACGAGGUCGGAAGAGGACAUGGAAGAGAGUGGUUUGGAGAGGACUGGGACACAGGGGGUGAGGGCUGAGCAGAGGGAUGUCUUGCUGAGGCGGUGGAGGCAGAUCCGCGAUCUUGUUAACGCGGCGGUAGAGGAGUUGGGACGGUAGGCCUACGUGGGUAUGCAGUAUUAGUCUUGGCUAUGGAGUCCUGAAUAUCCAACACCAUAUAUGUGUUGCUUGUAGUCAGAAAUGUGUCACAGAAGACUUCACUCGAAGGAGGCUGGGUUGGCUAGCAUCACCAUCCAAGCAUACAGCAC